AUGUCUAUGAGCAUCGAAGAAUGUCAAGUCCCACGACAAUCAAAGCCCGUGCCAGACACACCCAACAAUGUCCUCGAGCAAUUCAACAUGAAAGACCGUGUAGUAUGUAUAACAGGAGCAGCGGAAGGUAUCGGUCUCGCAGUCGCCGAAGCAAUGGCGGAAGCAGGAGCCAAUAUCGCUCUUUGGUACAACUCGAAUAAGGCCGCCGUGGACAGGGCAGAGGAACUUUCAAAAUUACACAACGUUAAAGCCAAGGCAUAUCAAGUGGAGGUUUCUUCUCCUGAAAAGGUACAACAGGCGGUUCGAGAUGUUGUUAGCGACUUUGGUCGAUUGGACUGCUUGGUUGCGAACGCAGGAAUGGCGAUAUCAAAACCCAUCCUGGAACAGACUGUGGAGGAGUACAAACGCCAAUUCGAAGUUAACGUCGACGGUGUAUUCCACUGCGCGAAAUAUGCUGGGGAGGUCUUCAAAGCUCAGGGUCGAGGGAAUUUGAUCAUCACGUCGAGUAUUUCGGCGCAUAUCGUCAAUGUACCUGUUGACCAGCCGGUCUAUAAUGCGAGUAAAGCUGCGGUCACGCAUCUUGGCAAGAGCCUGGCACGAGAAUGGCGGGAUUUUGCAAGGGUGAAUAUUGUGUCGCCGGGGUUCUUUGAUACGAAGAUGGGAGCUAGUGAGAGGGUUGUCAAUGAAGGACUACGGAUGACGCCGUUGGGGAGGCAGGGCCAUGUGAAAGAGCUGAAGGGAUUGUUUUUGUAUCUUGCUAGUGAUGCUAGCAGUUAUCAGACUGGGAGUGAUGUUGUUAUUGAUGGGGGGUACAUCCUGCCUUGA